CAUCAAACUCUUCCAUUGAAAACCCUAAUAUUAGGAAUCACAAUCACACUGAUUACCUAGUUGCGAUACACUGUUCUAUGUUUGUUUUUUCGUUUAUCACAGAGGCUAAUAUAUGACGUUGUUUCUCUCUAAAUUUCAGCAUAUCCUACUUCACUUUGACCAUUGAAGUUCGCAUACUCAGUGUUAUUGCUCUUCUACUUCAUUGGAGUCUAUUCUUGUUCUGCUUUUUGUGGCCAGAAGUAACUGUCAAGGUUGGGUAAGAAGGGAGGAAAAGGAGAAACGCGAAAAUGUUCUUCCACAUAGUGCUGGAGCGAAAUAUGCAGCUCCAUCCACGCUACUUUGGUCGUAACCUUCGUGAUAACCUUGUUUCCAAGCUAAUGAAAGAUGUGGAAGGCACUUGCAGUGGUCGACAUGGAUUUGUGGUGGCAGUUACAGGGAUAGAAAACAUAGGGAAAGGGCUAAUUCGUGAUGGAACAGGGUUUGUGACAUUUCCAGUUAAGUACCAAUGUGUUGUCUUCAGACCAUUUAAGGGGGAGAUCUUGGAAGCUGUCGUCACCAUGGUGAACAAGAUGGGAUUUUUUGCUGAAGCUGGACCUGUACAAAUCUUUGUUUCAAACCACUUGAUUCCGGAUGAUAUGGAGUUCCAGUCUGGAGACAUGCCAAAUUACACUACUUCAGAUGGAUCUGUUAAGAUUCAAAAAGAUAGUGAAGUUAGACUAAAGAUAAUUGGGACUCGAGUGGAUGCUACUGAAAUUGUAUGUACAUAUAUUAUGCAUUAUACUUUAUUUUGUUGAUUGCUGUUAUUUAAGCUCCUUCAGUUUUAACUAAUUUCUGUUUUGAGCAAAUUUAAAAUAAUGAAAGAUUUUUAGCUCUGUAAAGGAUAUAGCUGUUUGUUUGUUCCCACAUCCUUUUUCACAAAUCACAAAUGCCUUUGAGAAAGAGCCCUUUCUUUUUUUGCUAAUUUUAAUGCAUAGUUCAUCUCAUGACCACUAUCUUGGCAUUAGUCUGCAAUAUCAUGAAACUGGUGAUUUUUUACGUCUCUGGAAUGCUAAUUUAUGCUCUGGUUGCUGGUAAACUUAACCCUUGUCCAAAGUAAUCAAACGAGGAAUUUUAUUACUAAGCAAUGGUUUCUAGCUACAGGAUGGUCUUAUAAAUUUACGCCCAUAUUUGUGGUAUGCAAAUAAGCAUUGGCACUCCACGCUGCAAAUAAACUCUUGAAUGUCGGGAGAAAAUUAUGAGUAGAGAUAUUUUCCAGUUACUGAAUGCAAUCAGAAUGAUAUUAUUUUAACCACCUUGAUGUCACUUGUUGCCUGUAUUGUUCCCGCCAUGUUUAUUUGUACGCCUUGUGUGAAAGAACUCAUGAUGCUGAUGCCUUGUAAAACUAAUAUCAUUUUAGAAAGCGUAUGAUACUAGGUUGAACGCUUGUUUAAGUUUUAUUACUCCUGCACGUGUUGGUCUAUGUUUUCCUUCCCUUCAAUUGUAGUGCUAUAGAUAUGAACUUUGCAACUGUUCAGACACAAAUCACUUUUUCUUCGCAUAUUGAAUAUUUAUGUGGUUUUAAAUUUGAAUGUGUUUUUUUUCAACUCACUUAUCUGAUAUAAUGCGUCUUCUUUUGGCAGUGCUGCUAGGUACCAUAAAAGAUGUUUCUUGGGUGUGAUCAACGACCCUGCCACAGUUUUUAAAUACCCCUUUCUGUCACUCUUUUAUCGUAUAUAGUUACAUGACUUGGGUUUUCCACACCUUGAAUCCUCCAACAAUAUGUUUUUGUAUUAGCGCUGUUUAAGUACCAAGUCCGCUUAAAUUUGGUUCCAGAAUUAAUAUUCAACUCCACAAGUAAUUUUAGGUGUGUGUAAUAGCUUCAAAUAUAGAGGAAAUUGCAUUUUUAUUUUUAUUUCAAA